AAACAAAUAAUUUGAAUGAUAGUUGAAUAAAUCAACAUAGAUUUAUGUUAUGUACACAUCAAUAAAUGAGCCAAAUUUGACAAUAACCAAGACGCCUUGAAUCUUUACUUUUUUGUUUCUUUACUGUGAGCUAGCAAGAUCAUGGUAUCUGCUAUACAAAACAGGACACUCCCAUCUCAUGUGGUAACUAAUGAUGAUGCUUCCAUUGACUCUGGCCAUAACCGUCUUCUUCAACUUGGUUACAAACAAGAACUCAAGCGCGAUCUCUCGGUCGUUUCAAACUUUGCACUUUCAUUUUCAAUUAUAUCAGUGCUCACUGGUAUCACUACCCUUUACAACACUGGGUUGAACUUUGGUGGUCCAGUUUCCAUGCAAUAUGGUUGGUUUUUGGCUUCUGCUUUCACCAUGCUUGUUGCACUUUCAAUGGCUGAAAUUUGUUCAGCUUAUCCAACUUCUGGUGGUCUUUACUAUUGGAGUGCCAAGCUUGCUGGUCCCAAGAGGGCCCCAUUUGCCUCAUGGAUUACUGGCUGGUUCAAUAUCAUAGGCCUGUGGGCAGGGACAACAAGUGUAGAUUUCUCACUUGCACAACUCAUUCAGGUCAUAAUUCUCCUUAGUACUGGUGGGAAAAAUGGUGGUGGAUAUGUAGCCUCUAAAUAUGUUGUUCUUGCUUUCCAUGGUGGAAUUUUGCUCCUUCAUGGUAUAAUUAAUAGCCUUCCUAUUUAUGUGUUAUCAUUUUUGGGGCAACUAGGUGCUAUUUGGAAUGUCUUAGGUGUUUUUGUGCUUAUGAUUCUCAUUCCAUCUGUUGCAACGGAAAGGGCUAGUGCCAAGUUUGUUUUCACUCAUUUCAAUGCUGAUAAUGGGAAUGAAAUCAAUAGUAGACCCUACAUGUUUCUAUUGGGACUUCUAAUGAGUCAGUAUACCCUAUCAGGAUAUGAUGCGUCAGCUCAUAUGACAGAGGAAACUAAGGGUGCUGAUAGGAAUGGACCAAAAGGAAUUAUAAGUGCUGUUGGGAUAUCUAUUAUUGUUGGAUGGGGUUACAUAGUAGGUAUUACCUUUGCAGUUACUGACAUCCCUUACCUUUUGAGUGAAAACAAUGAUGCCGGUGGUUAUGCCAUUGCUGAAAUAUUUUAUCAGUCAUUCAAGAGAAGAUAUGGAAAUGGAAUUGGGGGCAUUAUUUGUUUGGCAAUAGUUGCUGUUGCCAUUUUUUUCUGUGGUAUGGGUACAAUAACUAGCAAUUCAAGGAUGGCUUAUGCUUUCUCAAGAGAUGGGGCCAUGCCAUUUUCAUCUUUGUGGCAUAAAGUUAACAAGCAGGAUGUCCCUAUAUAUGCAGUUUGGCUUUCUGUUUUCAUGUCAUUUUGCAUGGCCCUAACAUCUCUUGGAAGUAUAGUAGCAUUUCAAGCUAUGGUGUCAAUAGCAGUGAUUGGCCUCUACAUUGCUUAUGCACUACCUAUCUUCUUUAGGGUGACCUUGGCACGUAAACACUUUGUUGCUGGACCUUUCAACUUGGGCCGCUAUGGAAUCAUUAUUGGGCUGGUUGCAGUUAUUUGGGUGUGGGUGCACGAGGAAGAGACGGCAAAAUCAUACGAAUUACACGGGACACUGAGACUUCUACAUCGACUCCAAUGAAUCCCCCAGAGAGGAUUCGACCGACAGCUUCAAGGAGAAGAAGACGUAUGAUUAUUGAAGAUGAUGAUGAGGGACAUAAUGAUCAGGGGGAGCCUUCUACAGUGCAUGAGGAAGAUGUGGUACAUGAGCAUAUGGUGCACGAGCAGGUGGAUGUACAUGAGCAGGAGGAGGCUGCACCUGCUCAUGAGGGAGAGCAUAUGGAGGAGGAACAUGAUGGAGCUGAGGGACCUGGUGAGCUCACACGGUAUCCUGGAGGACCUUAUGAUUUGUAUGUCC